AUGGCCCGUGGUGGUUUAGGAGCUACAGAGACGUCGCCGGAGCCGAAGAAGGGCGGCGACGACCAGAGACAUGGACGAAAAGGGAUCUGGCGCUUCGGUGCUCCCCAACUCCAGCUGAGGCCACCGGUCGAUGGAGAGGACGAUGGCGUAGCUCCCCGACAGUACAACAUUGCACAAAACUUGUUCAAAGGAGAGGAGAAGAGAACCAAGAAGGGGAAGAUCAAGAAAGGAAGGAUAUUUACCUUGCCUCAUUGCUAUGAAGUGUUGAAGGAUGACGAGAAAUGGAAGAAGCGUGAUGAUUUGGAUGAUUUGGAUUUGAGCAACAAACGCAAGCGAACAAUUGAGUUGGAUGAUGAUGAGGAGGAGGAGGAUGAUGCAUCAAGUGAUGACGGCAAGAGAAACCCCACACCCAACUCGGUUUCAUACUCGAAGCCAAAACGACCGGAUGGGUGCAAGAAAGACGCAAAAGAAAAGAAGAAGAGGAAAGGAGAUGAUGAGCUAAAAAAUGCUAUGAAAGCUAUUGUGAAGGCAAGAAAAGAAGCCAACGAGGUGAGAAAAAUGGCUAGGAACCAAGAUGCCGCGGCCGAGGAGAGGAGGUUGGCGGCCGAGGAGAGGAGGGUGGCGGCCGAGGAGAGGAAGGUGGCUUUGGAGGAGAGGAAGGUGAGCAAUGAGGAGCGAACUAGAUUGUUGGAAUGGGAGAAGCACUUGUUCUUCUUGGACACAUCUAUCCUCAGUGAGGCACAAAAGGAGUAUGUCAAUCUUGCCCGUGAAGAAGUCUUGAUCCAAAAAUGA